GACAGAAUAGACAUCCGCCCGAAAAUGCAGGGCGCCUUUACACAUCCCCACCACCACACUGCACUGCGCACCGCUCCCUCUCUCUCUGUAUCUAAAUCCCAAUCUAUACGUACAAUCUCUUCAAUACAUAUUGAUAUUUACUUACACUCCCCUGUAUCUAUAGCCACACACAUAGCAGAGCAUUGCAGCUCUCUGCUCUCUUUUCCGCUUGCAGCUUCUGCUCAUACACAGUUUUGUAUGUACAGGCGACAUCUGUAUCUGUAUCUACAUGCGUCCUUUCCAGGGAGGCAUACAUAAUAAUAACUCUGCUCUCAGUGUAAAAGAGGCUAUCGCAAAGUGUGAUCUGAUUUUACUUUCUAGAGAGAGAGAUAGAGAAAGAGAGAGAAACGAACAUCUUUUUGCAAUGCGGUGACUCCAGCUUGUGUGCACGCCUGUAUGGAUAUGAUAUGAUGAUAGUAUGUUGUGUGUAUAGGUAGGGUGUAGGGUUAUUUAGAGAGAGAGGUGGUGGUUUGUUCGAUUGGUGGUGAGUUUUAGGGUUUUAGAGAUGAUGUCUGGACUAAUCGAUCUGAACACGGUGAGCAAUGGCGACGCCGGAGAUGAGACGACGACGACGUCGUCGUCCUCGGCGAAUUCCGAAUUGACGGCGUCCUCUGGGACGGCCGUGGCGUCGGUUUGUAUGGAGCUCUGGCACGCAUGUGCCGGACCGUUGAUUUCUCUGCCAAAGAAAGGAAGCGCCGUAGUGUAUCUACCACAGGGCCACCUGGAGCACCUCUGCGACUACACCGCCGUAGCCUAUGACCUCCCUCCUCACGUCUUUUGCCGCGUUGUCGACGUCAAGCUCCAGGCAGAGUUAGCUACUGAUGAGGUCUAUGCCCAUGUGUCGCUGGUUCCGGACAAUCAGAUUGAGCAGAAAUGGAGUAAUGGAGAAACUGAGGUGGAUAAUGGGGAAGAUGAUAAUGAAGGUAUUGGAAAAUCAACUGCACCACAUAUGUUCUGCAAGACACUCACGGCUUCAGAUACUAGCACUCAUGGUGGUUUCUCUGUCCCUCGUCGAGCUGCUGAAGAUUGCUUUCCUCCUUUGGAUUACAAACAACAGAGGCCAUCACAGGAGCUUGUAGCAAGAGAUCUGCAUGGGAUAGAGUGGAAAUUUAGACACAUCUACCGAGGUCAGCCACGAAGACAUUUACUUACAACAGGUUGGAGUGCAUUUGUCAAUAAGAAGAAGCUGGUUUCUGGAGAUGCUGUGCUUUUCCUAAGGAGUGGUGAUGGGGAACUUAGGCUUGGGGUUAGAAGAACAGAUCAAGCUAAAAGUGGUACUCCCUAUCUAGCCCCAUUUAGCCAACACAUGAACAUCAGUGGUAUUGCGGAUGUUGUCAAUGCAAUAUCUACUAAGGGUGUUUUCCACAUCUGUUACAACCCGAGGCAUAGUUCAUCAGAAUUUAUUGUGCCUUACCACAAAUUCUCAAGAAGUCUCGUACAUUCUUUUUCAGCUGGAAUGACGUUUAAGAUGCGUCAUGAAACAGAAGAUACUGCAGAGAGGUACACUGGGCUCAUACUUGGGGUUAGUGAUAUAGAUCCUGUUCGAUGGCCUGGUUCAAAAUGGAGGAGCCUAUUGGUCAGGUGGGAUGAUCUCGAUUCUACUAGACACAAUAGGGUUUCACCAUGGGAGAUUGAACCUUCUGGAGCACUUCCUGGACCAAGCAGCAUGGUUGUACCUGCUGCAAAGAGGACCAGGGUUGGCUUGCCAAAUGUGAAGGCUGAUUUUUCGAUUCCUGGAGAUAGGAUGGCUGUAUCAGAGAAUGGAGACCCUUCCAGGUUCCAGGUCUUGCAAGGUCAAGAAGUUAUGGGGUUGAACACUACGUGUGAUGGAAUUGAUCGUUUCCCACCCAGAAUAAGAUAUUUUCCUGAUUCUGAUGAUUUCAGGAUUUCUGGAAUGAGCAGAGGCAUUAUACCCCAAUUUGCAGACCCAUUUGAAUCUCAUGAAAGGACUGGCUUUGUUGAAUCACAACGAUUCAAUAAGGUCUUGCAAGGUCAAGAAACUUUUCCUAACACACUAUAUGGCAAGAGUGUUACUGGCCCGGUGCAGCCUACCCAUGGUUCUGGAAUUGUUGGUGGUAUUCAUGUGCGAAGUCACUUGAGCACGAGGUCUACACCACCAAUUCAAGAUUGUAUUGCUCAAAGAAAUCCAUCUACACCUAUUGUUCAAGUGUCAUCUCCGCCUUCUGUGCUAAUGUUCCAGCAAGCAAACUCUCCUGCUAAAUUUCAACCAUUGUACAAUCAUAACCUGGGGAAGCUCGACAAUGGCAACCCGGCUGCAAAGUAUGAAAGACAACUACCAUCUUGUCCACCUUUUGAAGAUGGUCCUAGAGUAGAAGAUCUACAAAGAAUCAGUUCCUUUUCUUCCCAUAAAGAACAUAAGCUACUGGGAUUUUCACAUCUUCUUGGGUCUCAGACCUCAGUCAAAGGCAAUCAAAACUUAGUUUCUUCCAUGUGCAACAGCAAUUGCAGAAUAUUUGGGUUUCCCUUAAAUGAGGGAAGAAGUGCUAUAACUAAAGACAACAAUCCAAUUCAAGCUACAACCUCACAUGGCCAUGAGAUCACUCCUUUUCCUUGCAGUGAAGGACAGUUACAUUUAAGACCUCCACUGAUUACUAGUGUUGCGGGAAGCAACUAUACCAAUGUAAAUGAUCUCUAUCCUGCAAGAGAUGCUCUUCUUGAUAUAGCUCUCUAAUAGCUUAAUUGAUACUAGCAGAAAACAGAAUGGAAGCUUACUCAAGUAUAUGAGUGAAACUUAUCACUUUUUUAGGGAUGCAAUGAUACCGAUGGUGAGUGACAGUAGAAUGGUUUCCUAAGCCAAAAAUGGUUGAAGAGUGUUUUGCAAGUGUGAUGGGGAUGAUCUGGUGCUCUAAGAAGCAUGCACAUAUAAUAUAACAAGUGAAGGAAAGUGUGGUUGCAGUGAGUGAGUACUGAGUAACAAGGUUGCUGACAAUGAAUCUGAGACUUGCUGAGCAAUCUUUUUCCACCCUUUUGUCGGCUGAGAAUUCUCUGCAUCUGUGCAUCAAGUUCAAGAAAACGAAAUCCAAGUCAUGCUGGACACCAAUAGUCCCAUCAAUGCAAGUCAACCCCCACAAUGACAAAGUGUGCACUUUGAAAAAAAAAACAUGCGACUCUAAAGGUCUUUUGUCUCUUCCUCUUCUGUUAAGGAAAGUGCACAGAAAGAAUGUGGCUACCUAGUAUAUUCUAAGAACACGAAAAUGGUACGAAAUUCAGGUAUCUUCCAAUCUUGAUCUGUGGAGAAAUUGUCUGAAAACUGGUAUGAAUAUUGUGUAAAUUGAUGUUUGACCUCCAUA